UGAUCGUGUUCUCGUCAAAGAGAAUGCAACACAAACCAACUGUUCUCAGUUACUGCUCGAUUGGAAUCUCCUUUUGAUUUGGAAAUAUGAAUAGCCCAUUUUCCUUGAUGUUUCUAGCGCUAGUUUUAUUGUCUUUUGUAAGCUGGGGAAGAACAUUCACACCCAACAUGAAUUGUCCUGCACACGUGUGCCCAAGACGAAAAGUGGCGCGAAAAUUCAGUGAUCAACAGGUAAGACGUUAAACGUUUAUCUUCAACAGCGCAGUACUCAUUCUAUUUCGUUUGUUUCGUCUUUGCGAGCAAACAUAUGAAGCAUUUAUUGCAUUUUAUGCAAGCAAAGAGGAAUUGCUAAGUUGAACUCGCACCAUUUUUAUCCUUUUGGGUAACUUGGGAGACAUUUGGAAGCCGCGAGUUUCAAUUUAGCUGGAUGUAUAUUUUUAUUGAAAAUUAUCAUUUUAUCAUGGCUCAUGGGUCGUAGAAAACGCUUGUGAACAAAGAAUUCAUUCAGGUUUUUUACAGAAUGAAAUAGUUCUUGCCCAUUCGAUAAAAAAGAAUAUAAGCAUGCCAUAAAUAAGCAGUACCCAUGGCUUGGAAAAUUAUAAGCACUUUAAAAUCUCUGAUUAAAUAAUGUCGAUCAACAUCCUGACCGUUGUCGAGAUUCAUCGAAUUUUUUCUUCUCAUAUUUUUUAGUUAGGAAAUUGUUCGCCAAAGUGAAGAGGUAUAGUUUUCUGUCAGAUUCCCCUGAAUAAACAAUGGACUAAAAAUUACUUUAUUUCUGGCAAAAUUCACACAUAUGGACAAAAACGAAACUGACGAAUAUCUCGCCGGCUUGGAUCCGAACCUCCGAGCUAGCUAGCCAAUCAGUGCCCUCUAAAAGCAUUAAAUAUCUAUGUGGUAUAUAGACUUACAUCAAUUAUUGUUUUAACCAGGAGGAUUUUAUAAAGGCAUACUGUGACAAAGUCCGUCCGUGUAACAUGGCAAACGGAAAACGAAGUCUUCUUCGCGAAGAAGCUCCACUUGAGAGGGACCGGGAACAACUUUGACAUGAAGGCUAAGAUGACCAUCAGUAUAGCUGGAGGAAGGUCAAAAUUUCUUUAGACGACUGGAUAUUUUCUUUAACUUAUGUAUAUGAUAAAAAAAGAUGAUGUGAAUAUUUAUGUCUGUAAUUAUAAACGUGAGGUAGUAAAUUGUGAGGACCAAGCAUCCUUUUUAAAACUUCAGUCACGAGUAUCUAAUAAGGGACCG